AUGUUUAAACAAGUGUGUGUUACAGGUUCUACAGGUGUCAUGGGAAGCGAGACAGUGAAACAACUCUCAACACUCGAAAACUUGAAAAUCAGAGUCUUUGUCAUGAACAACGAAAAAGACAGGAAGAUUGCAGAAUCACUCGUUCGUAAGUAUGGAAGUGACAAGAUCGACAUUUUCUAUGGAGAUCUCAGAAAUUACGAAGACGUUUCAAAGUUCGUUCAAAACGCAGAUUAUAUUCUACACAUCGGAGGUCUUGUCAGUCCUGUUGCAGAUGAUAAGCCAGUCCUCACAUACGCUGUCAACGUAGGAGGUGCAGAAAACAUUGUGAAAGCAAUUCACGAAAACAAGAUCGAAGAAACAGUCAAAGUUGUUUACAUCGGAAGUGUUGCAGAGACAGGAGAUCGUAAUUAUCCAAUCCACUGGGGAAGGACGGGUGAUCCAAUCCAAGUUUCCGUAUAUGAUCACUAUGGUGUCUCUAAAGUUGUUGCAGAGAGAAUAUUCGCAGAGAGUGGAAUCAAGCAUUGGGCAGUCUUCAGACAGAGUGGAAUAUUAUAUCCUGGAUUACUGAACAACAUGAAACCAAUCAUGUUCCACGUCCCAUUGAAUGGUGUCCUCGAGUGGUGCACAGUCGAAGACAGCGGAAGAUUGAUGAAGAAUUUUGUUGAUUUCAAUCUCCCUGAUGAGUUUUGGAAUAGAUUUUACAACAUCGGAAGUGGAGAGUUCUACAGAUUAACAAACUUCGAAUUUGAAGAUAUCCUCUUGAGAACAUGCGGUCUUGGAUCUCCAAAAGAUCUUUUCGAUCCAAACUGGUUUGCAACACAGAACUUCCAUGGACAUUACUACUCGGGCAGUGAUGUUCUCGAGAAUUAUCUCAAGUUCAGAGAGAAUCUCCCAACAGAAGAAUACUUCGAACGCAUGUGCAACAAUGCACCACUUGAGUUCAGAUUGAUGAAGAAUGUCAAAGUUGUUAAGAAUGUUUCAUUCCUCGCAAAGCCUUUCAUGAAGAUGAUUGCAUGUGAUAAAGACUUCGGAACACUCGGAUGGAUCAACAAUAACGACAAAAAACGUCUUGACUGCUUCUAUGGAGGAAAAGAAAAUUUCGAUAAUUUACCAAACAACUGGUCAGAAUAUGCAAUCAAACACUAUGAUACUAAUGUAUCUGCAUCAGAGAAGUGCAAGUUGGAUCAUGGUUACGACGAAACAAAACCAUUCGAAUCUCUCACAAUCGAAGAUCUUCAGAAGGCAGCAGAGUUCCGUGGAGGAAAACUCAUCUCAACAGAAGUUAAUAAAAUGACAGAAAAACUCAUCUGGAAGUGUGGUCACUGCGGAAAAGAAUUCGAAGCAUCUCCAAAUCUUAUCCUGCGUGGAGGACACUGGUGUCCACACUGUUUCAUCCCUCAGACUGCAUGGGACUAUGGAAGGAUUGCAGAGAAUAACAAGUUCUUCGCACAAGUAUGGUAUCCACAUCACAAUCACGAAGAGAAGAACUACUACGAUUUCAACGAGAUUUUCGACAAAGAAUGUUUCGAUACAUAUUCCAAGAAGACAAAGAAAUCAGUUUCAUCAUCGAACCAGUACAUCUACUUGACAACAAUAUUUGUCAUCCUAUUAUUGAUUUUAACACUCUUUACUCUCAUUCAAGGAAACUUCUCACUUAUAUAA